GGGAGGCCGCGCCGCGCCGCGCCGCGACCGUCCACAGUUCGCCUCGCGCGCCGUGACUGUCCACACCUCUGACCAUGUCGCUCCGCGUGCCGCUGCUCCUGUUGACCGUCUGUGUACCGGCUCUGUACGCCUUCCCCGAUGGAGCUCCGGCCGAGGCGUGUCUCAGAAACAUGGAGCCCAACCACAGCGGGGCCAAGAGCAGGAACCCGCUGGACUCUCCGUUCGCUGUGUUCCGACACACGUCGCCCGGAAGGGUCACAGUAACCAUCCGCUCUCUGACCGGCAACGCCUACAUGAAGGGCUUCAUGGUGCAGGCUCGUGACCCGCUGACUGGUAAGGCGGCGCGUGGUCAGGGCGCCUGGCUGCCCAUCGCCAACGUCAAGGGCCUACCCGAGUGUGCGGCGGUGACCCAUGCUGACCGAGGUCAGAAGACGGAGGCGGCGGUCACUUGGGAGGGACGCACCGACCUGGCCUUCUACGUCACCAUCGUCGAGUCGUACUCGUCCUUCUGGGCAAACGUCGAGGCGCUGGAGCAGGGCGGCCUGAGCGGACCGAGUGGCCUCGGCAGCGGUCCCAGCGGCUUCGGCAGCGGCCCCGGUCCCCACCUGGGCGGCCUCCCCAGCGGGCCCAGCGGCCCCGGACCCCUCGCCAGGGUGCCCCCGAGCGGCCUCAGUGCCCUCUCGGCCGGACCCUCGGGCGUCAGCGGCUUCGGCAACUCCUUCCAUCCGUUCGCUGGAAAGAAGAAGUAAAUCUGAAAAGCUGAAGAUGAAGAUUCCUCUGGAGGAAAGGAAACCUCAUGCUAAAAUUUAUAGCCAGGACCACUAAGGCACUUUCGCGGGCUAAAUAUCGUUACAGAGGCAAUGUGUUGGUUACAGGAGCACUUUGGCGUGGAUGCAUAGAAGUGCAUUAAAUAAAUGUGUUUUUAAAAGGAAGGCAUCUAGACUCAGAGGGAGCAAUGUAACUGCAUGACAUGUGUAUAAGUAUGAAGGACAGAAGGAAUGAGGAGCUAUCACCAAAUAAUCACGUUGUACGAUGUAACGCCUGAGUGAAUGCAACCAGUCACUAUUCAUUGGUUGAACUGAAGUGCGCCAUCUGCAGUGUGUCGAAUGUUGUCUUGUCAGUGCCCGGACAUGAAAAGCUGAAAUGUGUAGGUGUACAAUACAGAACGAAGUAACACUU